GGACUUUAGUAACUCCGUAACCGUCGUAAGGUACAGUCAUAUCGGUUUUUUUCUCCAAAUUUUCAACGAUCAAAACAAAACACAAAAACAAAAUUUUCCUUCAUUAAUCACUAAUCACUUUUGAAUAACUUCAUCUAAAUUUCGCAAACUAAUAAUAUCCCAAUAAUCUAGUUCCAUGUUCCAAUUUUCAAAACAGUUAACUGUUUUUUUUUGAAACAAUUUGAAAGUAUUCAUAAUUUUUUCCUAAUAGCCAACGAAUUAAGUGUCAAGUGUUUAAAAUAGUGUCAAGUUUAAAAGAGUGAAAAAUAUUCAACUGGUGGAAUUUUAUAGUGAUUCAGAGAGUGACGCGCGUGGUUCUUUUUUUUUUUGUAAACAAAGAAUGAUCGGUUAUUGAACUAACCUCUAUGUGAUUUAAAAUAGAUUUUGACCAGUGAUUCGGACCCGAGUGUGGGAGAAGAGUCAACUUUAUAGAAAAAAGAAAAAAAAAACAUAAUGACAAGUGUUAUUGUUGGAAUUUUACUUUGGACGCUACUAUUGACAGUGGCGUCCGAGCCGGAAGAUUCAAUAAAAGAGAAAAUUUCAAUUUUAAAGUGUUGUCAUUUUUUGGAACAUUUAAUACGUGAAAAUGAAAAUUCUCCACCACGUUGUGUACCAACAAAAAAUGAAUGGAAACCAUUUAUUUAUUCCGUUAAGACGGGCAAGAAAAUAACGGAAAUUCCAAAUAAAUGGAAUAUUACGGAAGGACAAAAACCACAAUGUCCAAAUACGCAUGUUUUAACUUAUGUGCCCUACAAUUCAUAUUCACCAUUUAUACUAACAGAUGCGGGUGGAGCGAUUUUGGAUCUUGCAGCCGGUAGAAAUGUAAAUCCUGAAGAGUAUUGUGCUGAUUCGAAUGCAUUGCUCGUUUGUGAAUUAAACUAUAUGGACGACGAGCGUGCUGCCUCAACAAUACGACCUAGUAUUCGUCGAUGUUGUGGUUCGCAUGCUGCCUACGAUGAGAACAGGAGAACUUGUGUUGUGUCUCAAGAUAAAGAUGAUGCACCACCAUUGGUUCCAAAUCUUUCUUCAUCAUUCGAAAUAAAAACAGGCUUUCCACAUUGUCCAAAGUCGAAAAAUUUCACAAUUGCCGGCGAUGUAAAAGAUACGAUACUUGAGCCCGAUGGUACUUUAGUUUUUAAAGGGCAACAACUACGACUCUUAUCAAAGGAGUAUUGCGUCGAAAGAAUUCAAGAACCAAAUCAUGUAGUGAAGGUCUUCUCAUGUUCGAAUGACGCCACUAAGACAUCAACGAAACGUGUUGAUGACAUUAGAUUCACCUUGUAUGCCCUUGGUUUCAUUGUGAGUGCCAUUUUCUUGGCAGCAACACUGGCAGCAGGAUGGCUCUUACCAGCAUCUCACCAUGUUCUCCAUUGGCGGUGCCAGACACAUCAUGUCGCUUGCCUCAUGGUUGGCGAUAUCUUCAUGGCUAUAAUACAAUUGGCUGGAAAUUCCCUAAAGGGUGUAUUGUGCAAGGCAUUCGCGAUCAUGGCUCACUUUUCAUUCCUCGCUGCUUUCUUCUGGCUGAACACCAUGUGCUUCAACAUCUGGUGGACAUUUAGAGACUUGAGACCUGCAAGUUUGGAGAAGGGCCAGGAGACUCUCAGACUGAGAGUGUAUGCAGUAUAUGCCUGGGGCGGGCCACUGCUUGUUGCAGGAUUGGCAGCUGUUCUGGACCAUCUUCCCGAGGAUCCAGCAUCCACCUUCCUGAGGCCUCGUUUCGGCGACAAUAAGUGCUGGUUCUAUGGCGAUAUGGAAAUUUUGGCCUAUUUCUUCGGACCAGUGGGUGUUUUGCUUGCAAUCAAUCUCCUGUUUUUCGUUGCUACAGCAAGAGAGUUGACGUGUGGUUUGUGGAAGGGCGAAUUUGUGAAAAGCACCACUGAACGUGCCGCUUUGGGACGUGUUUGUAUGAAACUAGUUGUUGUUAUGGGUGUGACUUGGAUAUUGGACGUCGUCUCCUGGGCAGCUGGUGGUCCAAACUAUGUGUGGUACGUUCCAGAUGUGAUCAAUGCGUUCCAGGGUGUCUUUAUAUUCAUCGUUGUCGGGUGCCAACCACAAGUCCGCGCUGCCGUGAAGAGGAUUUGCAGCAGGAACCCGAGGACCAGCGCCGGAAGGCAGGGUAAUGGCCUCAGUACCACUAGCCAUGGAAUGCCGAGUAUGGGCGACAGUGUCACGCAAAAUCCCAGCACUAAAACUGCACCUCUAGAAACCAUAUGUUAAAAUUCCUAAACAUAUAUACAUACAUAUAUCCUAUAUACUCGAAAUUCUUCAUGAGCCACGGAUCAACCAAAAAAAAAAAAUUGGGAGAAUCAUCCUAAAAAUUCUUUGACUCUUUCACGUCAAAGAAUCAAAGAACACGAGCUUUUUUUUAAUCAAUUUCCAAAAAAUUUAUUUUCUUUUUGGAAAUUGAUUUUGAUAAAAAAAAAAAAAAAAUGAAACAACCACCAACUGUUUUCAAAAAAAAAAAAAAAAUAAUGUUGAUUUCAAAAAUCAACAUUUUCUAUAUACCUAAAACUUAUAUACUCUGGUCGAAAUUAUUUUAUACGUAAAUUUAUAUAUCCUCUAUAUACCUUUGAUACUUUUUUAUAGAUAUGUAAAAAAAGGGAUCUUUUUUGUCACUUGAAAAAAAAGAAAAACGAAAGAAUUUUUGUAAUUUGCUAUAUAUAUGUUUAAGAUUUUCGAAAAAAAAUAGAGUUCUAGAUCGAAAUUUUUGUAGAGAGAUCCUUUUAGAACCGAAGAUUAGAAAAUAAGUGAAUUUUUAGAGUAUAUUGAAAUUUGCCAGAGGUGAAAGUUUAAGAAACAAAAAAAAAAAAAGAAAAUGCAAUUGUGCGACUCUUUAAAGAGAAAAUCAAUUAGGCCAAGAGUGAUUAAAAUUGGACAAAUACGCAAAUGGCGAAAGGGUUAGGGGGGGGUUACUUUCUUUAUUUAUUUAUGCGUCAGGUGUGUGAGUCCGAAUUUCGAUAUUCUUUAGCAUAGAUUUGCAUAAGAGUCGCGCCUCGCACAAUUGCAUUCACGAUUUGCAUAUUUAUAAAAGAGAGAAAAGUGUUUGUAUAUGUGUGUAUGUGUGAGAGACAGAGAGAGAGAGAGAGAGAAAGAGAGACACUGUGAGAAUGCGUGUACUAUCGUGAUGGUCGCUCACGGUCGUCUACGUUGAUAUUCGAGACCAAUGACUCGCGUACGAUUAAAAUUCGCGAUUGUUGAUACCAAAUUGGUACUUCAUUCUUUUUUAGCAGCGCACAUUUUCAAUCGUUUCCAACACAAAAAAAAGAGGAGAAAAAAAAAUUGUUCCACUUUACCUGAUUCUCUUUCCGGAUGCUCAAUACAAUUAUACUGCCAAUUUUUGCAAAAAUUCAUUCUGCACAAUUUUUUUUUUUAGACAUUUUUGUUGAAAAUGCAUUUUAAACGGAAAUAACAAAUUUUUUUCUAAGAUUUAGAAAGGAACAAUAAUUUUUUUUUUUUGAAUAAUUUGUAAAUUUGACUAUUUGAGCAUUUGGUUUUAAUAUCGGAUUUUUUUUUAUUGAUAAAUGAUAAUUUAAAAAAAAAAUUAAUAUCUAAACACAAAAUUUAGUAUCUGACAAUAUAUUUAUCUAAAAAUUGACAUCUAAAUAAAUAUCUUUAAAUAAUACAUGCGUGAAAAGGCUCACUUUUGAGGCAUGAAAUGCGUGCCAAAAAAAAAAACCGCGUUUUAUAGCAGACGAUUUUAUAAAUACUAUAGCGCAUGCGCAAAUCACUUCUAGUACUCUGUGCUUUAUUAUUAGCCUAAAUCUCAAAAGAUAAAAUUCUGUUACGUCGAAUAACUAUUUUUUCGAAUUGAUAAAAGUUCGAAUUUCUAAAAUUCGAAUUACAACAAAGUUGAAGUUUUAGAAAUUCGAAUUAUAAAAAAAAAAAAAAAUUAUUAAAAGUUCGAAUAACCAAAAAAUCGAAUUUCUAAAAGUUUGAAUUAUCAAAAGAUCGAAUUUUUAGAAAAUCGAAUUAUUAAAAGUUCGAAUUAUCAGAAAAUCGAAUUUUCAUAAUUUCGAAUAUUACAAGAAGAUCAAACUUAUAAAAGUUCGAAUGACAAAAAAAAUUGAAUUUUUAAAAAUUUCAAUUAUCAAAUGAAUUAAAUUAUUAAAAAAUAUCGAAUAACGCAAAAAUUGAAUUUCUAAAAGUUUGAAUUUUUAGAAAUUCGAAUUAUUAAAAGUACGAAUAAUCAGAAAAUGGAGUUUUUAAAAGUUAGAACUCGAUAAUUUGAUAAUUCGAAUUUCUAAAAAUUCAAACUUUUAGAAAUUCAAUUUUUUCGUUAUUCGAAUUUCUAAAUAUUCGAUAUUUUUGAUAAUUCGAACUUUCAGAAAUUAUAGAAUUUUUAAAAAUUCGAUAAAACGGUUAUUCGAUUUUAUUUGACUUACGUAGUUAUACAGUGCACCUGACGCUACAUCUGUUAUAGGUUAUGUUUUCCAUGCCUCAUAAAUGAGACUUUUUAUUGCCACAUAUUAUAUAUAAAGUAAUAUUAUAUAGAAUCCAUUUUGAUUUUCUCAAAAAUUAUAACGAAAUCAAGUCAUAAAAAAAAAUUGAUCAUACAAUGUGUGUAAAAGAAUAAUAAUUGCUAUAUGGCAAUUACGCAUUUCGAUUGUACGAGAAUUUGAUUGGCUUUUGAUAUCGUGAUUGUUUCCUGACUUGUUUAUAGAUAGAAACGUGAGUGUCGAUAACGAGCGAUCAUUGUUUUAAGUAGACUGAUUGUGAGACUAUUAUUAUUUUUUUUUUUAUUAUUAUUCACUUCUUUUUUGUGAGUGACUCACAGGGCAUAAACAGAGUCAUAACGUGACAAUACAAAACACGAGAAAAAUCAAUGCCUUCUGAAAUUGCCUUGUUCUUCUAUAUCUUGGUGUUCACUCGUGCCGAAUUGUGUAUUAAAAAAAAGAUUCUCAUUGAUUUCUCUGAAUCAUCAAUAGAGAAAAAAUGAAAACAAAGUGGCGAGUGAGCGAGCAAAAAAAAAAAAAAAGCUUUCGCCUAUCGAAAUUGAAUCGCGAUGAUCGACGGCACUAAAUCCAGAGGUCUGGAUUUUUAUCGAUGGCAAGACGAACGCUUUUUCAAAUGAACGAAAUCGAAAGCAAUUUUUACGUAUACCUCUCCCUUCAUUCUAGAUCUUAGGUUUCUUGUUUGGUGUUCUUCUAUAUAUAAAUACCAUCAAUGAAACGAAAUACAAAACGGUUCAAACACUUUAAAACGUAUGAUGAAAAAAAAAUUUGCUUCUCAUUUUUUGGAAUAAAUCAUCACGAAACAAACAUACGUAUUGCAUUGAAAAUUUAGAAAACGAUCCAGUCGAUGAGAAAUUAUGUGCCUAUGCAUGUUUUGAAUUAUAAUUUUGAAAAAAAAAUUUAUUUUUGCCAAAAUAAAUCGAAAACAGUCGAUAAAGUAGAUUUCCACAUUUGAUCUUCAAUGAAAUUUAAUUUCAUUACCAAUUAUAAUUCAAAAGCUUAGACAUAAUUAUUUUUGUUAAUCUCAAUUAGUUUCUAUUAUUUUUAAUCAAUAAUUACGACAAAUUGUUUUUAAAAAUUUUUCAAGUGAAAAUUUCAACUAAUUUGAAUUAGUGAACGAGAAAUUAUUGAAACAAAAUUAAAUAAAACAAAUUAAGGAACUAUUAAAUAAAUUAGUAAAAUAUCAAAAAAAAAAAUUUUUUUUGGUUUGAACCGUUUAGUAAAUAUUGUGGUAUUUUUUUUCUAUACUUGGAUAAAAUUACACCAAGAAUAGAUUUCUUUAGGUGCGUCCAAGAGACUGAAAGUGUGAAUGUAGUGGACACUGCACCCCAUUUGAAAUCUUCUUUUUUUUUGUUUCAUUCAUUACCUGGGUAUUAUUUUAUAUUUAUAUUUUCAAAUUUGAAAAACAAUUUUUACAAACUCAGAGUAAAUAUAAAUUUUUUAAUUAACAUAUUAAUUUAUAUUUGUAAUUAAAAAAAAUGUAUUACAUUAAAAAAAAUUAAUUAUAAAUUAUAAUUGAUAAUAAAUUAAAUCAACUUUAAUUAAAAAUUAAUAAUUAAAUAAUUAUUAAUCUUUUAUUUUUUAUGUACUGUCAAUAUUAUAAUUUAUAAUUAAUUUUUUAUCGAAUUUAAAAUAUUCAUUAUAAAUCCAGGAUAAUAUAUGAAACAAAUUUCAUUGGGAAAAAUAAAAUUCUCUUUAUGAAAUCUUUUUUUCUUUCUAAUUUGACGCGACAAAUGUGAUAAAAAAAGAAAACGCAAAAUCGUAGUUCCUGAAACUCUUUUUCUUUUAUUUUUUAUUUGUAUCCUAGACUGUUGUUAAAUAGAAAUGAAAAUUCGGCCUAAAAAAAAUUGUAGACUUACGUAUAAUAGGCAGCUAUAUAAAAUCAGUUUCAGGCACUCAUCGAUUUGUGCAAAUGUAUAAAUGUGUGCUUUACGAGCUAUGAUGAUAAUUAAUGUUUAUUAAUAAUUAACAAUAUAUAUAUAUAUAAUUAUAAUAGAUAAUAAAAAACAGACAUUAUGUGGUAUAAUUGAAAAUAUAACUCGAGAGAAUCUUUAAGUUAAAUAUCAUUGACAUUAUCCGAAAAUUUAAUUAAAAAAAAAAUUAAUAAAUAAAUUUCAACACAUUUACAAAAAAAAUUUUAUAUUUUUAUCAAGAAAAUUUAUAUUUCCUGGAUAUAUAAAAAAUUAAUUUUUUUCAAGAUAAAGAAAAAUUAAUUUUCAAGAAAGUAGAAAAAUAAUUUAAUUAUUAAAUGUUCAGUAGAAAAUACUAUAUAAACUAUUAUUUAUCAAAAUUAAAUAAAAAAAAAUCACAUUAAUAAUUAGAACAAAAAUAAAGAAAUAAGGUUUAAAAAAAAAAAAAAAUUUAUUAUAAUUAUUUAAUUUAUUUAUUAAGAAAUAAUAAUAAUAAUUGCUAUUGAAGGAAAAAAAUGUGUUGAAAUUUAUUGUAAUUGUCUUUUUUUAUGAAUCAUUAUUUAAUUUGAGGUCAUUAAAUACCUUAAAUUUAAAUGUCGCAAGUAUUAAUUUUCACAAUUACGUUGUCAUCACUUACACACGCUCUUGUAAAUAACAUUGUAUUACGUUAUAAAUGUAUCCGUCGAAUUAUAUAUAUAUAUAUAUAUAUAUAUAGAAAAAGUUAAGGCUCAUUUCACGAAGUAAAUCGAAACGAUUAUUAUUAUUAUUAUUAUUAUUAUUAUUAUUAUUAUUAUUAUUAUUAUUAUUAUUAUUAUUAUUAUUAUUAUUAUUAUUAUUAUUAUUAUUAUUAUAUUAAAAUAUUAAAAUUAUUCUAAGUAUACUCAUAAAAUAACACGACAAAAAGAGAAUUAAGAUAUAUAUAUAAAUAAAUGUACAUUCGUCUCAAUGUAGUAUUUGAAAACUUCUCGAUUCUGGAAUAUUAUUAUAAUUUCCAUAUAUUAUCGAGAGAUACUCAAGUAGAUCUAUACCGUAAUUAAAUACGAUAUAUGUAUUUAUAUUAUAUAUCUAAAAUGUUCAAUAAAUUGGUAAAGCGAGGAGAAGAAAAAAAAAGAACACUUCGUCAACGCGACGAAAACGAAGAACCAUUUUCUAGCGAACGUAGAAAAAAAAAAGUAAUUAAGACACGCCUUAUAUUAUAAUCUAAUUUAUUUUAAAUAGUUUUGUUGUGUUUUUUUUCUACACAAGUACACCAUUCAAAAUGGUAGCUUGCCAGUAACGAUGUAUAGAUCACUGAUGUAUUUAGAAAUUAAUAAUAACAAAAAAGAGCAGAAUGUAUAAAUAAACGUGCAUCACGUUGAAGUUUUUUUUUUUUUAAAUUCAAAAAUUGAUUGAAAUUUAAAAAAAAAUAUAUUUUAUUUUUCUCUUAAUUAAAAAAUACGUAUAAAAAUUAAUUAAAAUUAUAAUUAUUUUAUUUUUAUAAACAUAAAACAAAAUAAAAUUUUGAAAUAAUUUUUUGAAUAAAAAUUUUUUUUACAAUUUAAGAAUUUUUAAGAAGUAAAUGUUUGCAGUGUGAUAUUUUUUGUAGAGUUUCUAUUUUUAAAGAGAAAAUAAAAAAAAAAUUAAAAUGUAAUUUUUUUUUGUUUAAAGAUACUAUUUUUCUUUUUGGCUUUAUUAAGGGCAUUUUUCUAGUCUUGUCAAAAGUUCGACUUGAAGCACAUACAUACGUCAUUCUGCCAAAAAUAAGGAGGCUAUAAUUCAAACAAAUAAUAAAGUUAUAGAAAUAAAAAAAAAAGUACACGAACAAAGAAACACUAGUAUUGAAAUUGUUACGCAUGAAAGGUAACAGACAACAUUUAUAAAUUUAAUGUGUAGACCGGCCAACUAGAAAUAUUGUAAACACCAUCUUAUUAAAAAAAAAUUAAAAUAAAAUAACUGUCUACUGUCGCAAAUCGUACACCAUUCCUACGAUGUAUUAUAACAGUAUUUCUAACGCACUAAUUAAAUAAAAAGAUGUUAGUACGAA